AAACAUCUGUUUUACAUGGUUGUUUUGGUUGGCAAUUUAAAGCGGGAAAAACUUUAAGUUAUAUAAAAUUAAGUUGUAUUUUUAAGUAUUUUAAAAGUUAAAAUGUGUAUCAAUCCUGUUUAUCGUAAAGUGUAUGUUUCAAUAUAAGGAAAUUCAUAUUUUGUUAUUUUAACGCCGGUGUGACCGUAUAUGUGGAGUGACCGCUUAUUGGGGUCCUAUCAGUGUCUAUCGAAAAUAGCCAUUUACAUGGGCUCCCGCACAAAAUUCAAAUAUGAAAAUUAUCGCAUGCUACGAUAGGUAACUUUAAAAUAUCGAAAAAAGUUAGGGGAAAAGCAGUUUCACUAUCUGGUAACACUGUACCAUUGUUGCUUGGACGUGGCAGCCAUGACGUGAUUUCUGAGUUUUUGUUAAACAGAUUACAUUAUUAAUUCUAGCGAAAACUGUUAAUUAAGGGGAAUACGUGCAUUAUUCGCCACCGCCUGUCGACUGCCAGUGUAAAGCCAGAAAUCCAGUGCGUAAUAUAUCCACUAUUAAAAAAAAAGAUAAAGAAAAAAGUGUGUGCAAAAAAUUUAAAAACCUGAAAUUACCACAAAAUAUAUAUUGUAGUGAAAAUAAGUCAAAUCAGCAACAACACGGCAACGGAGCAGAAACAGCAAAACACCCACACGCUCGCACUAAAAAGCAACAAUCAACUCACAACAACCAGAAAUCAACGUUAAAUUUUAAAAUUGAUUUAUCGAUUAGCCGAUAGCACUAGACCAAAACAAAUCGAUAAAUCGCAUUUACCAACACUGCUCGGCGAGAGAGAAGAAACGAGUGAGCGCAAAACAGCUGAUUGCGACUGGCACACGCUUGUUGUUGCAGUCGCGCUGUUUUUUUUGUUUUCUUCUGUUUUGUUGGAACUUUUUCGCUGCAGCGAGAAAGAGAGCGGAGAGAGAAAGAGAGCAGCACAAACUACGACGUGUGACGUGGUGUGGGGGCAUACAGGUGGCAAAACAGCUGUUUCAACAGCAAAAGCAAUCUGUUUUUUAGUAGAAUACUACAUAAUCAAUUUGCCGCCCGCAGUUUUCCAGUAUAAAAACAAACACAAUACACAAUCAAAAAAUCAACAACAACAACAAACAACAUCAGGAGAGAGGGACUUCCAGUGGCAGCUUCCAGGACGUCAGCUUAAGCAACGAGUGCUUCCCGUAAUUUUCCCGUCCUUUCCACGAGACCAACCCAUUACCAACUUCCAAUCAAAACCAGCCCCCCUUCCACGAUUUCCAAGCUGGCCCAACCAACAAACAGCAACCUUCCAACAUCUGAUCUGGUCCAUCAUUAUCCAUUAUCCGGGAACGAUCAAGGGGAUAUCUAAUUGCUAUCUAAUUGGCGGGUAGCUGCGCGCACGUUAUGACCAAUUCGAUUGCGUCAACGAAAUGCCUGCCCAAUGCACUAUCGACCGGCAAUUAUGGAAUGUCCCAGAGCCACCGUUACACCGAUGAUAGCAAGGAGUACAUCAUCGUCAAGCUCACCGAUUCCGCGAUCCGUGCGAUCGAGGAAUAUCAACGCGAUGACAAUGCCAAGCGCUUGCAGCCUGGCCAGCGGGCCAAUAUCCAAUUCGUGGGCAACACGGGCGUCAUUCAGUUCCCGGGGCCAGCGACGAAUGCUAAUGGCAUCCCUUAUGCUAAUGGCAAUGGCAACGACGCUGCCGGAGGAGGAGGAGGCCGUAAAUUCGGCUUCACAAUUAACAAUAUGGAAGGAACGCUGGAAUGCGUCCAACAACAGCAACAGAACCUCGGAGUACUCGGAGCAGUCGCCCUGCGAAUGCGAAUCCAUGCCAAUGACGAUGUCUACGAUACGACACGCACAAAAAUGGCCAUUGCCGAGGAGACGGAGAAGAGCAAGUGCAUCAGGGAGAUUAAACCUAAUCAGUCGGAUAUCGGGCGUAAGGUGAAGAAGCCGCCAUCUGCAGUCUCAGCCUCCAUGUCCUCCGUAUCCGCCUCCACCGCCUCAGCCUUCUCCUCCUCCAACUCCUCUAACUCUGGUUUGACGACGACGGCAUUUCAUCAUCACAGCAACAGCAACAACAGUGGGAACAACAACAACAGCAGCAUAAGCAGCAGCAAUAGUUUUAAUAGCAACAACCAUAGUCGUAAGUUAGGUUCAUCGCCAUUUAAUGGCCUAGGCGUAGGAUCCAGCAGCUCCUCCAACGCGUUUUCCUCGCGUUCGCCCAAUCCCAGCACGCUGGGCGCCAGCGGCACAGUCAAUGGCUCUGGUGUUGGUGGUCGCUACGGCGGUGGUGCAGCCUCCUCGCUAGCUUCCACAUUCGCCAAUGGCAUCUCGCAGGGCUACAAUAACCUGAGCGGCAGCUCGCCAAGGGAUUCGAUGCCAGCAGCAUCAUCUGUUGUGCCAGCAUCAUCAGCCAUCUCCUCACGCAACAAGAUGCCAAGCGGAGGCCUUACCUCCUCCAACUCCAACUCCUCAUCGUCCUCCAGGAGUGCCAAUAACAAGUCGUCGGGCGGCAAUAAAAUGUCGGAUGUGUCCAGGCGCAACAUACGUGAACGCCUUAUCCAUUUGCUGGCCCUAAAGGCUUUCAAGAAGCCAGAGCUAUUUGCGCGGCUGAAGAACGAAGGCAUACGGGAUCGGGAGCGCAAUCAGAUCACCAACAUACUCAUGGACAUCAGCACUAUGUCGCACAACACGUACAAUUUGCGUCGCCAGAUGUGGAACGAUGUGGACGAGAACUGGCCCUUCUUCAGCGAACAGGAAGUGCAGCAGCUGAAGCGUCGAAAGCCGCAGAAUCUGACGCCGCCGAUGAGCUCGGAUGCGGGCAGUUCGACGUCAGGUCAGAGUCCCACAUCGACGCACACGGGCAGUCCACCGCCACCUUCGAGUAAUGGUGGUCCGGGAGGAGUUGGCGGAGGUGGAGUCGGCGGUGGUAGCAUGAAGAGGACCAGCCUGGAGUAUGACGAGACUAUGUUUAGCACUGUUCAACCCAAGAAGCAGCGCAUCAGUCACUACAAGAAGGAUACUCCACCCUCGGGAACGUCGUACUCCUCUUCAGUAUCGAUGUCUCUGGGCUCUUCCUCGUCCAGUCGCAAUCGAUAUACACCGCCACAACGCCAGCCGGGUCCGUUGGAUGACCACGGUACUAGUGACCUUAGCUACAAUGUGCUGGAGAAUAUGGAAGAGUUUAUGAGCUCUACGGCCGCGGCCACGCAGCAAUCGAUUGAUCAGCAGCAGCAGCAACAGCAGCAGCAGCAGCAGCAUCCAAGGGGCAGCAAUAGCAGUAGACGAGGCAGCUCCUCGUUGGCAGGCGCCAGCAAUGGAGGUGGCAACAAGGAUAAAAGGAACUCCACGGGCAGCAAUUCGAGCAGCUCCAGUGGCUCCAGCUCCUAUGAAACGCAACAGGAUCGCCAGAGGACAUCUGCGGCGAUGCCAUCAAACCGUAGCAACAGCAAAUCCUCAUCUGCAUCCUCGGCCUCCUCCUCGACGUCGCCGCCGAAGUUGGCGGCAAGUUUUGUGCCUGCCGCCACUUCUGGUUCUAGUUCCAGCAAACAGCGUAUGCCGCCCCAGCAGAGUGACUACAAUUCGUACAACAGCAAUAACACGCAGCAUGCGGCCUCCAAUAGCAAGAAGAGGACGAGUAGUAGUGGUCCUAGUGGCAAUUCAAAUAGCCAGCGGCAGAGGAGUUCCAGUGCCUCUAACUCUGGCUAUCAGCAGGUACCGCCACCCUCGUCCUCAUCGUCCUCCAGCUCGCGAUCUUCCCUCCAGCAGCAGAAUCAGCAACAAAAACAGCAGCAGCAACCACAUCAACAUCAGCAACAACAGGCGCCACAGCAACAGGAUAACCAUUACCAUCAGCAGGCCAAGCAUCCGUCGCCCACUCAACAGUUGGCGGCGGCUGCCCAUGCAUAUGCCCAUGCAACCGCGGAUGCGGACUCAUCCUCCAUGCCCCGCUACGACUUCAGCCAGUACGUGCCUAUCCAAACGCUGGAGGUGCGACGACGCUAUAAGACUGAAUUCGAGAGCGACUACGAUGAGUACCGCAAGCUGUUGACGCGAGUGGAGGAUGUGCGCAAUCGUUUCCAAGAUUUGUCCGAGCGUCUGGAAAGCGCCAGGCGCUGUGACACCGGAUAUGGAGACUACGAUCACAUCAAGCGGCAGAUUGUGUGUGAGUAUGAAAGGAUCAAUAACGAUCGCACGAUUAGGGAGAACAAGCAGCGGUUUGAUUACCUGCAUGCUAAGCUGGCGCAUAUCAAGCAGCUGGUGAUGGAUUAUGACAAGACUUUGAUGAGUACGACAACGGCGGUGGCGCCUUCGACGGAAGCGGUUGCACCUCCAGGUCCAGAUCCAGCUGUGGUUGAGGCCGCGGCCAGGUUAGCCGAGCAGCAAAGGAGGCAACAUCACGCCGUUGAGACGAUAGAACAGAGGCAACAAAAGCAACGACACCAUCCCCAGCAGCAGCAUCAGCAGCAGCAACAACAGCAGCACCAUCAACAUCAACAUCAGCAGCAGCAUCACUUACAACAGCAACAUCUACAACAGCAGCAAAAUCCGCAAGAGCAACAUCAACAGCAGAAUGUGAGUGAUUCGGAUGACAGUUCGGACAGCUCGGACUCCAAUGAUGAUGAUGACGAGGAUUGCGAUGAUUCCAACUCCAACUCCAAUACCGAUGACGAUGAGGCACGCUACUGAUCCUGCUGGGACUACUUCGAUGACCAUCCGCUGAUCCCCCAUGUAAAAAGGCAAAACAAGCAAGAAACUAUUAUAAAUACUACAAACUAUUAUAGUAAAAACAAAAAAAAAAAAAAAAAAACACAAAACCAACAAACAAAUCAACAAUGAAAAACUGAUAAAAAAAAAACACCAACAAAAACGUUCUAAAAGAAAUUGUACUACAAGCAAAGAAAAAACCUUCAAAAAAAUGUUGAAAUUAUGUUAACAAACAACUAAACAAAAAAUACAAACUUUCGCGUAAAAUAAUUUUUAUUACAUUAAAAAACGAUGGUGGCGGCGGGCCAGUUCUGCUGCCACCGAUUUCUACAUAUAUAAUAUACAUAUAAUACAUACAUAUAUGAACUAUAUGCAUAACAACAAGCCAGAAGAAGACGAGUUGAGGAGGAAACAAAAUCAAUAUUUUUAAAAAAACGGCGAAAGCAAAAAAAAAAUUAUAUACGAGUUGUAGACUUAAUUUUUUGUUGAGCAUAUUGAGCAGCUUAAGUAACUAAAUGAAAACGAAAACGAAAACACAUGUUUUUCCUUGCGUUUUUUGUGUAAUAAUUAUUAUUAUUAUUAUAUUAUUAUUAUCAACUUUUAAAUAUAGCGUGUAUGUUUUUCGUUUUUAA